AUGCAGCAAUUCCCCGCUGCAGCACACCAUGUAGCUCAGCACCCUAUCACCAAUGAUUCUCACGUUCUGGGCGAGAAAGAAAUCUUGGGGACGCUCACCUGGGAGAGCCGUAACGCUCCCAUCAAUUCCAGGCAGUGGCCACUGAGAAAAAAAUGGGCGACAACAUCGAUUGUCUCAGCUUUCACUUAUCUAUCCUCAGUAUCCACGCCUAUGAUUUCCCCAACCUUGGACCAGAUCGGGCAAGACUUGCUUCUGACAACUGAAAUUCAGCACCAAUUAACAAUGUCGAUCAUCGUCCUUGCCUUUGCUGUUGGGCCCGUUAUUCUGGCGCCCCUGUCUGAAGUGUAUGGACGCUCGCCCAUGUUACAAUUAAGUAAUUUCUUUUUUCUGGUCUGGAAUGUUGCGUGCGCAUUCUCCAAGAACAAGUCAGAGAUGUUUGCUUUUCGGUUCCUCAGCGGCAUUGGCGGGAGCGCAGCGAUGGCCGUUGGGGAAGGCACUGUCAGUCACUGCUGGGAGCCAGAGCGGCGGGGAACUGCAAUUGCCAUAUACAGCCUCACACCUCUCCUGGGUCCUGUCAUCGGUCCCAUAUCGGGUGCAUGGAUUGCCGAGAAAUCUACCUGGCGUUGGGUCUUUUGGUCAACAAGUAUUUUUGGCGCAACCGUCCAGGUCCUGGGUCUCUGCUUUCUACAAGAAUCCUUCGCUCCAGUUAUCCUCCAGCACCAUACCAAACGCCUCGGAGUCCCCCUGCAAGAAAAUAUCGAGGCCACAAAAUCCAUCCCAAGGCUCCUGGCCCUGGGGACCUCCCUCAUUCGGCCAGCUCGCCUGCUGACCACCCAACCGGUAGUUCAAAUGAUCGCAUUAUACAUGGUCUAUGUCUACGGCCUGUUUUAUCUGUUCCUAUCGACUUUCCCGGGCGUAUGGCAGGGGGUCCACCACGAAAGCACCGGCAUCGCCGGCCUGAACUACAUCUCCCUCGGUGUGGGGUUUGUGCUCGGCGUUCAAAUUGGGGGUCGCCUGAAAGACUUAAUCUACGUGACCCUGAAAGCGAGGAACUUCAACCGGGGACGACCAGAAUCCCGAAUCCCGCUCAUGAUCAUCGGGUCUUACUUCGUGUCGACGGGGAUAUUCUGGUACGGGUGGAGCGUGCAGGCCCGGGCACACUGGAUCGUGCCUAAUUUUGGGAUCGCAGUCUUCGCCAGCGGAUGCAUCGUCUGUCUGCAAUGCAUGCAAGCGUAUAUCGUUGACAACUAUACGCGCUUUGCAGCGAGCGCGAUGGCCGCCGCAGUGGUUGUGCGCAGUCUUGCGGGGUUUGGGCUCCCUCUGUUCGCGCCGUAUCUGUACAACAGGCUUGACUACGGGUGGGGAAAUAGCGUGUUGGGGCUCAUAAGUAUCGGACUUGGGAUUCCUGCCCCUCUGGGGUUUUGGUUUUAG